AUGCGGUACCAAGCUGUCGAGUCCCCAAACACGCUUCAAGACCCAAUUAAUGCUUCACCCCGCAAGCCUCCGCACUCGACUCUGAGUGUUGACGCUCGUCUGGACGCUCUCGCGCCUCGGCUUUCAAGGUUUUACGUGCAACUGCUAGUGCUCACGGGCGUGAGCUGGGCCGUCCUAGCGGCCGAGCUGGUGCUGCUCGUAUUCACGCGGGUGCUUGUCGCCAACGACCUCGGCAUGGGGACACCCGUGCUCGAAAUCUUCGGAGCCAGCAUCUUCAUGGGGGCCAUGGCCGGAGGACCCAUUUUCGGCCACGUUGCGGACAGAUUUGGGCGGCGAACGGCGUUGCUGAUCGCGAUGGUGUUCUCGCUGGGAGGCCUCGCUGUCCUGGCGCGGGCCAACGUGCAAUAUAUGCUGAUCAUCGGCCGAGUGAUUGUUGGCAUUGGCCUGGGUGGGCAGCUCUCGUCGACGCUUGUUCUGGUUCAAGAACUCUCUCCUCGUUCCAUGCAAAACCGCGUAUUGUCACUUCUUGACGCCUUCACGGGUGCUGGAGGCUUGGUUGGUGUGGCCCUGGCCUACGCUGUCGCUCCUUGGCUUGGAUGGCGCACAACCUACCUUGUUGUGUGCGGAAUCGUCGUUUACACCGUUGUGUUGCGCUUCACAGUCCCGGAAUCCCCGCGAUGGCUCGCCAGUGUCGGUCGAACGGAGGAAGCCCACGGAAUUAUCGACAAGAUCGAGCGCUGUCACCACGUCCAGCCUCCAAGCGAUGAAGUUCAAAAGGAAGUGCUGGAUUUCACGUCCAUUCUCGAGUCUCCGUCUUCUUCUUCUGCUGCUGCUGCGAAGCCGUCUUCGUUGAUCAAGCGGGUGCUCCCCACCGCUGUGCUCUGGGUGUUGUGGAUUGCAGUCACGUUGUCGGCGUCCGCGCUGGGGAUCUACGUACCGACGCUCAUCAGUCUCAACGGCUACAACUUGUUUGGAAGCUGGAUCACGGUGGCUGUGCUGAGCGUCGCCCAAAUACUCGGCUCGCUUGCAGCCGCGUUUGUGCUGGGCUCGCGUGAACCUCGACACGCGCUUGCCGGCUUUGCAGUACUUGCUGCGAGUGUCUCCGUAUUGCUAAGCUACGUGUCGUGGUCACGUGGACUAGUCAUCACUGGCUCCUUCUUGGCAACCGCGCUGCUGAGUGGGUGCUGGAGCUGCGUUUUCGCGUACACUCCGAGGCACUACAAGACAGCCCGUCGAGGACGCGGCGUAGGCUACGCUGUCGGAGUGAGCCGCUUGGCUAUAGUCGGGGGAAGCUACCUGUAUCCGCACAUGUUCAACGUGUGGAUCCUGUCAGUGCCUGCACUUUGUUGGAUCUUCGGCAGCUUGUUGACGGUGGUCUCGGUAGGCAUCGUACCCCGCUUCGGAUAUCAAUCAGUAAGCCAAGAGGAUGGCUCAGACUCAAGUGGCUGA